UUUUUGGGUUUUUUUUUAAUACUUAUUUAAUUACCGCAAAACCGACUUUUCGCCUCUUCGUGUCGUGCCGUACACAAUAAUAAUAAUAUUUGCCGUUGUCGUUAUAGAUUUACAUAUUUUAUCUCCUUCGAAAAUAUAAUAUAAUUUAAUUUAUUUCCCGGCAUUUCCGUUUUGCCGCCCGGCGGCGGUCAUCGUACUUCCGGUCGUCGUUGUGGAUAUUAUAUUGAAAUUUUGGCAAAUUCCCACGGUCAAAGGCGGCCAAGCCGAGACGGCAUGGCGACGAUGCGUAAACCCAAAGAUCCCGGGAAUUUCGCAGAAGGAUAUACAUGUCACGUCGACUCUUCCUCGGGGACGAGGUUGAACUUGCAUUAAGAACUGCGAUUCGCAUCGCCGUGAAAAACCGACACCGCUGAACGUCGCCAGUGACCACCGACCUAACAGAAUGGGGUUGGAUACCAGCGAACGGGCCGGGAGGUACGCGGUCGUGGUGCAAUCCAGCCGUCAGUCAUGAGCGCGACGGCAUGCUGAGGUAGAGGACCUCGUCGCCGUCGGACUGCACAGAAUUAGUGGCGACGACGAAUCCGUUCUGGUAAACAUGGUAGGCAGUCACCAGCAGCAAAACCAGGGAGGCCCCAUCUGCGGUGGCACCAUGAUGAACAUGCUAAACGUCGACGCCGAAAACCGGGUGGUGCUCAACGUGGGCGGCAUAAGACACGAGACCUACAAGGCCACCCUCAAGAAGAUACCGGCCACCCGAUUGAGUAGGCUGACCGAAGCGUUGGCCAACUACGAUCCGGUGCUCAACGAAUACUUCUUCGACAGGCAUCCCGGUGUGUUCGCCCAGGUCCUCAACUACUACAGGACCGGCAAACUACAUUACCCGACAGACGUGUGCGGGCCGCUUUUCGAAGAAGAAUUGGAAUUUUGGGGCCUAGACGCGAACCAAGUAGAGCCCUGUUGCUGGAUGACCUACACUCAGCACAGGGACACGCAAGAAACGCUGGCCGUCUUGGACCGGCUGGAUUUGGACACGGAAAAGCCAAGCGACGAGGAAAUGGCUCGGAAAUUCGGUUUCGAGGAGGCUUUCUUUCAGGGUAGACUCACCUGGUGGCAGCGGUUCAAGCCCCAGCUGUGGUCCAUGUUCGACGAACCGUACUCGUCGAAUACCGCCAAGAUCAUCGGCAUCGUUUCCGUGUUCUUCAUAUGCGUGUCCAUCUUGUCGUUCUGCCUGAAGACCCAUCCGAACAUGCGGGUGCCGGUCAUCAAGAACAUCACGGUGAACACGUCGCACAACACGACCGCGUGGGUGCUGGACAAGACGCAGACGAACGCGCACGAGGCGUUCUUCUACAUCGAGUACGUGUGCAACGCGUGGUUCACGUUCGAGAUACUCGUCCGGUUCAUUGCGUCGCCGAACAAGUGCGAGUUCGUCAAGGCGUCCGUCAACAUCAUCGACUACAUAGCCACCGUCAGCUUCUACAUCGACCUGAUCCUGCAGAAGUUCGCCGCCCACCUGGAGAACGCCGACAUACUGGAGUUCUUCUCGAUCAUCCGGAUCAUGCGGCUGUUCAAACUGACCAGGCACUCGUCCGGCCUGAAGAUCCUGAUGCAGACGUUCCGGGCGUCGGCCAAGGAGCUGACGCUGCUCGUGUUCUUCCUGGUGCUGGGCAUCGUGAUAUUCGCCAGCCUGGUGUACUACGCGGAGCGCAUCCAGGCCAACCCGCACAACGACUUCAACAGCAUACCGCUGGGCCUGUGGUGGGCGCUGGUCACCAUGACCACCGUGGGCUACGGCGACAUGGCGCCCAAAACGUACGUGGGCAUGUUCGUGGGUGCGCUGUGCGCGCUGGCCGGCGUGCUGACCAUCGCGCUGCCCGUUCCCGUUAUCGUGUCCAACUUCGCCAUGUACUAUUCGCACACGCAGGCCCGGGCCAAGCUGCCGAAAAAGAGACGCCGGGUGCUGCCCGUCGAACAGCCCAGGGGGCCCAGGCUGCCGGGCCAAGGGCCUCCGCUGCAGAUAAACCAGCCGGGCGGCGGCCACGGGCCUUGCACCGGUGGCCCGGGCGGCAUGCCGCCCAACGUGGCCGGAGCGCCGGUCAACACGACCGGCGUGCCGGCCGUUAACCGGCGGAUGAACGCAGUCAAAAGUAAUCAUCCGAAAGACGGGAUGGGACCAAAAGUCGUGGGCGUAGCGAUGACGUUGAAUCCGAACGGUGUAGGGGUCAAAGCCGAGACCGUCUUGUCCACCGGCGGACCGAGGAAACAGUCGGCUACCAAAACGUAAACCUCAACGACCCCGUUGAUGAUAAUAUUUACUCAAAUAAAUAAACAAUAAUUGGACCACGGCGGAAGUAGACCGGAACUCCAAACGGACGACCGGAAGUCAACGAAAACUUGUUAUUCUAAACGAUAUUAGCGUAAGACGAUUGCCGUCGAGUAAUCGUCGUCGUCGUUACUUUUAUCUUUUUCGAUUUUUUUUUGUUUCUUCGUUUUUUGAUCAUGUUUUUUUUUUCUAUCAUAUUAUUAUUCUUUCUCACGCUGCAGCUGACCGAUUUACUUGUUUUCUCCAAUAUCGUUACUUACAUUACUUACAUUUAUAAUUAGUCAUUACUUCAUUACAUAAUAUAAUACAGCAUGUUAUUAUAAUAUAUAUUCAUUCCGCUCCGUCGCUCCUUCACGGUGUACAAAAUACAUAAUAUUAUGUUUUUCUUCAAACAAAUUAUUCACCUCAAAAUAUGACCAAAUUGUUAUAAUAUUUAAACAAAUUUUAUUAUUACCAUUUUCCGGACAUAACAAUAAUAAUAAUAUAACGUCGUUUCGUUAGUAAAAUAGUUUCUAUAUUAUUGUUCGUUGUUUCAGACCAGAACCAUGGUAAACAAAUUGUAUUAUGAUACCUUAAAAUAGUAGAUAAACGUAGAUUGUCGAGUCAAUAUAAUAUUUUCCAUAAGCUGAUUUAAACCGAAGUAACCAUCGAGUAGUAGUGACUUGAGACGACGAAUUGAGAUAGCUGGCUAGCCAAUACCGUUGUAUUGACCCAUAAAUUAAUAUCCAAGAACUUUCAAAAGGCACCUAGUACCAUCUAUCAUACUAGUGGCAAGUUACUAUGAAAUGACAUAUUACUAUUGGUUUAAAUAAAACAAGAUGGUGAACUUCAUAGAAAAACAAUAGAUUUUAAAAUCACUAUUUUUGAUUGGCCUCACCUUAACGCAAUAAUAACGUAAACUGAUAAGAAAUACUGAUAACAAGUAGUUGAUUGCCGACGGUCGAUGGUGAUAACGUUAGAGAUGUUUGAUAACAUUUCUUAGACCACUUUGUAUACAACAGAAGGAUAAUUUUUAUUUUCGUUAUUUGGUCACACUGUGCUGAGAUGUUGUUAAGGUUGGCACUAAGAAUUUUGCCCAAGUUGUAGUGAAACUGCAAUAUCAGUUUGUGAGACACUUUACAAAUGGGCCGUUGGCUAUCCUGUUAUCUUAAUUCGUAGUUGUUGUCUAAUAAUGAUAAUACAAAAUCAGUGGUACAAACAUAACAAAAAUAUCAGUGCAGGAACUUGUGUUUUACUGAAAGUCGUCGCUUUCAUGUUGUGAUAUUAGAUAGUCCUAGGUCAUAGUGUUUCCGGUGUACGUGAGCCUUUAUAGUUUUAAACAGAUAAAAAAAAUGUGUACGUCCUUCGACAGCUUCUUUAUACAGCUAUAAUAAUAUUAUUAUUGUUACUGUUUUUGACAAUACAAUAGCUGAUAUCAUUAUUAUUAUUAU